AUGCCGCGACUCAUACGGAGGAAGCCAGCCAUCGAGCGUAUUAAGGACUUUUUAAACCCGGGGGAUUUCUUGCUCUGGCUCUCGGAGGAGAUUGAGACUAGAGAUUGGGAUUCGAAGCAGCUCGCGCAUCCGGUGGCUUUAGGUUUACAUGUGGUUUUUCUGAUCGCAAGAGCAAACUCGGGGACUUCUGCGAACAGCGGGGCGGAUGAUGUCUUUGGGGAUGAAUAUUCCCGCUCGGGAUGGUUCACGUAUACCGCCACUUUCCUAGUCUAUGUUUUGACAAGCCUAUCGAUUGCGAAUGCAGUAUAUACUUUCAAUCGAAAACGGCAUUACCGGUUAUUCGAAAGCGCAAUUGAAACGCCCCAGAAGACCCCUUCGGCGCAUCGAGUGCGCGUUGAUUCUUCCCCCGUUGCCUCCUCACCACUUCGGUUCCUGACAUCUAUACUUGGAGACCCUAGUGCCGAGUCGAGGGCACACCCCGAUCCCACUCGAGACGUCUGGGAAAUAGCAGUAUGGGACCCGAUACCCGUCUGCCUUCGGCUGUUCUGUCUGUUUAGCCCGGGCCAUGUACUGGUAUAUUGGCUCUUUCUACCAACACAGUUGUCAGAUCCCCGACCGAGCAUAACGGUGUUCACGACCAUCCUCCUCCAAGCUUUAAUAUCUUCACAAUUGGUCCUCGUCCAGACUGCGUUCUCCCAGCAAGAGAAGGAUUCUGCUAUUAUCCAUCAAGAGGUUUUGAGCGAAUACAAUAUCAAAUAUGUUCAUCCCCGACUAAACCCGGUGACUCGUGAGGUUGGUACUCAAUUUAACGGCCCAGCGUCAGAGACUGGGAGGGAGGCAGAGGGAACUGUUGAGACAUACACUCCUACAGUCAUCAUCAAUCGAGGCUUCCAUACACAACCAAAUCCUAACUACGCCAAACAUGUCAAUCCCAAAAACCCCGAAACCGUAACCCGCUCAGGCUUCUCCCCAACACCAUCAUUUGCGACCCCACGGCCACCGGUUCGCCAACCCCAGUUCCGCCAAAGCAUGUCCACAGCCGUCUCAACAGGCACAAGCACCGGUGGCGGCGGCGGCGGCAGCUUAGGCGUCUUCAAUCACGCCAAUUCGCCCCUAAAAAAGGCAACGAGCCUAUACGACCUCCAACGAGGCCCCCGCGAAUCUCCAAGGAACUCAUUCAGCAUGGCGAGGCGAGAGAUCCAGGAGGAACGGGAAAGGAGCCGGAGUCCUGUGAAGCGGAAGAGCGAGAUACAUACUUCCCACCACCGCGGCGUGGAGGACGAUCGGAGAAUCAGCGCUCCUGGAGGGUUUGGCUCGAAGCCACAGUCUGGGGGUUAUGUCAGCCCAUAUAAGAGGAUGCCUUCUAGAUUCUAA